UCACACAUUAUUUCAAAGCGUUCAUUACCAUGUCUACUGAGGUCCUGGAUGGAACCGUUGUUAACCUCGAGCCACAGAAAGAGGCUCCCUCUGAUCCACCCAUAAUGGAUGUAACAGCUGUUGAUCCACCAAUUGAGGAAAUUAAAGCUGUCGAUCCACCGAUUGAGGACAUUACAUCUAUUGAUCCACCAAUUGAGGACUUCAAAGCUGUUGUUCAGAAAAGCGAACUUCCCAAAGCUGAGACAAAAGCUCCUGAAAAUGUUAACAAGUUCAUAACUUUGAACCUCAUCCUACCUCAGUCAACUGAGUCUAUCAAAGUGACGAUAGGCACCCAUGAUCAUCUUCAUGAGUUGAGACAAAUGGCCAAUGAACGCCCAGAAAGUUGCUAUAAAACUUGCUUCACACUCCAACAUCGAGGCAAGAUUCUCGAUGAGUUUGCAAUGGUGCACACUGUAGAGAAUUUGACGGAUGGUGAAACCGUUAAGUGUGUUGCAGAGCAAUACAGUCUUCGAGAAGCCCGGCUUCACCUCAAGAGAGUUCGUUCACUGAUUCAGCCGGAUAUUCAAGUAAAUGCUCAGAAUGGUGUUGAUAACCUGUCACUCACAUUUGCUGGCGUUGUGGCCGGCAGAGACGUCGAAGAAGAUAUACAGAAAGGAGUAAAAGAAGAUCACGGUUGCGAUGUGGAUGUGGCUCCCCCAGAUUACCUAUUCGCACAAGAGACCCCACUCCUGCCUCUGUUCCCGGAAACCCCCACCCCACCUCCUGAGUGUGUCAGCAGUAUAGGAUACAGUGGCUGGAACCCUCCUCCGGGAAACAGAAGGAUGCUCGGUGACCUGUUCUACUUGAUUGUGACAACACUUGAAGGUAACACAGUCCACAUUACUGCUGUUCCUUCUGGGUUCUACGUUAACAAAACUACCAGUAAGAAGUUUGAUCCUACCCCUGCUGAGAUUUCUUGUAAAGGAUACACUCUAGUAGAUACUCUUAAACAAGUCAGCUCCCUCUUCAACAAGAACUUUGCUAUCAUCCAGAAACAAAGUCUGAGGAGAAAUCCUUAUGAGGUAAUACCAGUUCCCUAUCCCACCUUUACCUGGUGUAAACCAGAGUCGGAGCAUACCUACGAUACUCUCCGAGCAGAGGAGGCUUACGUUCCUAACAGCACAUCAGACGAAAUGUCGUUGGGAAUGAUGUCUUCACGUGACUGGAAUGAGGAACUGCAGAGUGCCAGAGAACUUCCACAAGCUAAUGUCCACGAGAAGAUCGUUAGAGACAGGACCAUCUUUAGAGUAACCUGUGACUUUGUGGCAAUGGCAAUCAAGGGAGCACAGGCGGUGGUAGACGGUAACAUCCCACCCCUCAACGCGGCCGAUGACAAGAAAAGUCGCAUGUUUCUUUGGAACAACAUCUUCUUCAGUCUCGGGUUCGACAUGAAGGACCAUUAUGGCGCUUUUGGCGGCGAUUCUGCCGCCUACGCUGCGAUCGCAGGUGAUUUGAGAGGUAUUUCUCUGUACCAGUCCCUAGAUACAGAUGGUCUGCAUACUUUGGGAACUGUUAUUGUAGAUUACAGAGGUUACAGGGUCGUCGGCCAGAGUAUCAUCAGUGGAAUUUUAUCGAGAGACCAAGAACAAAGUAUUAUAUAUGGCAGCAUCGAUAACGGCAAAUCUAUCAAUUCGAAUGACAAGUUUGGUAAAGUGUUGGAGAGUUCCAGCAAGAAGCUCCAUCUCAGAGAACACAGUGUUAUUGGUGGAGAUGGAGAGGAGCACCGCCUCAUUACCAGCUACGAUUGCAAGGGAAUCAUAGGGAACGAUGGCAGACACUACCUUAUAGAUCUCUUCAGAUCCUUUGCUCCGGAUGUAUUUGCUCUGGGAGUUCCAAUAGAGAACUACAGAGGAGAAGAAGAAGAACAGAGUAAGCCCAUGUUCAUGUGCCCAGAAACCCCCCACAAACUGGCAACUCUGCGAGCUGAACUUAUUGAAGCGUUCGCCUGCUACAGAUACGUCCUGUUUACUCAAAACAUGUCCGCCAAGUUUAUCAAGGCUAAGGGAGAAAGGGAGACCAAGUUAAAGGCAAUAGAGGAGACCAAGGAGAAGGAGGAAGUUAAGGAAAUCAAGGAGAAGGACAACGAAAGUGAUAACGACAGUGGCUGCAGCGUGGAAUCUCCUGUCAACCCCACACCUCCCAAAACAUUCACAGAAUCAGACGCCAAGGAGAUCUUGGAGGAGAUCAAAUCGUCGGGAACAGCUCGUCAGUUCGGAUCAGUGACUGAUACUGAAUUCGAUAUGAGAUACAACCCCGAUAUCUACACAAACAUUGGUAGUAAUGAUAACGAGCACGAUAUCAAACAUGACCGGCAGAUUGUCCAGGAGAUGGCCGUAUUCUUGUCGGACUCGGUGAUUGUUAAAUUUGUGUACGAACUCAAAACCAUGACACAGCGUCCUCUUGACGCUAUUCACCUGUCAGAUCUCAUGCAUGGUAGAGGUAUUAACAUGAGGUAUUUGGGAGGUAUCACCAAAUCUUUAGAGGAUAAUCAGGAGAAGAAUCACAACUAUGCCGUGUGUCUAUCAGCUGUCAUAACUCGGGCUGCCAAACAAGCUUUCAAGAAGUACAUAAUCGACAUUCCAUCACAACAGCUGGGAGCAGCAGUUGCACAUUUCUUGAAUUGUUACCAUGGCACAGUUGAGCGACAGAAAUCAGCGUCCGGUGAAAACAGUCCACCAAACGGCACCCAGAGCAAGAAGAAGAAGAACAAAAAAGGAAAAGUUUUCGUCCGUGAACCGUCCUGCUCGUGGUCCACCAGCACAACGCAAUCAAUCCACAGCUCAAUAUGUGAAAUUGCCCUGAGCAAGUUCGACUACACAUUACCUGUCGAAACUGGACAAGUUGUCAUGCCACUUGGUUUCUUACCAAUGACCAGAUUGAUUUGCAGAGCAGUUGGUAUUCAGCUGACGUUGCGAGAUUACUCGGACAACAGAUAUUUCACCGAAUCUGACGUAAUGAACGUCUUCCCUAUUGUUAAACACUCAAAUCCUAGAGCAAGAGACGCCACAAAACUCAAGGAUCUAGCUGAGGACAGGUUAGGUAACGGUUACCUGGGAGAAUCUCACGAGCUGAUAACUGACGCUCUGAACACCAUGCUACAGGUCUACGGACCUCUUCACUCAGAUAUUGAGAGUUCUCAUAAACACCUAGCACACAUAAGCUAUCUAUUCGGCCGUAUCGGACAAGCAGUCUCGCAUCAGAAGCAAGGUCUGCUGGCCAGUGAACGAGUCCUGGGCAUUGACCACUACGAAACUAUCUACUGUUACGUUUAUCUGGCACUAUUCGCUCACAAUCUGGCUCAAACUUCAGUCGCUCUGAGGCUCAUGUACCGCGCUAAGUACCUCUUACAGCUCAUCUUCGGACCUGAUCAUCUGGAACAGGCUGCUUUCGAUAUCAACAUCGGCUUGAUGCUGCACACGAAGGGUGACUCCGUAAACUCCCAGAAGUUCUUAGAAAGUGCUUUGAAGCUCCACAAGAAGUUCCAUGGAAGUGGAUCAGUCCAGGUAGCAAUGUGUAAUAUUCUAGUGGCUCGCGCUCUGGCUGGCAACGCUGACUUCAGAGAAGCUAUGAAGUAUCAGAAACAUGCAUUCGAAGUGUAUUCUGAAAAGUACGGAGAAGAUGACAAAAGAACAAAAGACUGUCAAGCAUUCCUCUCUAAAUUGACCCAGAAAGCAGUUGAGCUGCAGAAGUGGUUACAAAACAAAGAGAAAGUUGUUCCCAAUAUGGUAGUUAACGAGGCUUUACCAGAUAGCACCAUCUCAGAAAUGCUCGCGACUGUAAACGGAAUACCCGCAACCCCUUCUAAGAUAAAACCUAUCGUGUCGAAAGAAAGUGAAGCGAAGAAAGAGGCAGAUGAGAAGCUGGAAGAAAUAAAACAGCAGGGCGACAAUGAAGAUUUAGAUUGAUAACAAUCAGCUUGAAAUCCUUCAAACCACUCAACUUCAGAUAUAUUAUGUGAACACACUGAACCACCUGACCCAAACACUUAUCACAUGCAUUUUAUAUCGAACUCAUUUUUAGUGAAUCUGAACCUGAAAUAUCUUGAAUCACACAUUUCAAAAUUUUAGUGGAACUAGAACUUUUGCUAUUAGAUUAAGGUCUUAAUAUGCCAAAGAUACUUAAAACAGAACUUUCCACAGUUCACCAUGCAACUCCUUUACAGAUUUCGAUCUCAUUGCUACUUUAAUUUAAAUUGCGCUCUCCACAAAGAACACGUGUUUCUUUACAACUAUUACUAAUAGAAAGUUCUAGUUCCACUUAUCCUUAGGUUAGCUACCAAUAAUGAAAUUAGGUUUUGGUUCAUAUUUUAUUUGAUUGUCUCAUCGUUGGACCUUUGGAAAUUGUAAUUUAUAAUCUACGCUUAGUAAUUUAUUUAAGUGAACUCACUUAACAUGGGUCUUUGUUAUCUAUUCAAACGAUUUAUAUUUUUUAUAUUAGCUUAAUCUCGAAUUUUCGAAUUAUGAAAUGUGAGUGUUAUCUUUCAAUGAUGUUGAUGUAGUCCGUUAAUAAGUUCUGUGAUUACAUUUGUAAAUUGGCGUAACUUACUUGAUUAGUAGAGAAUUGAUUACGCAUAGAGGUGGUUCCCAAUUUAACAAUGUCAAUACAGAUGAUGUUUUGUCCUAACCACUAACGUACGCCUAAAAUCUAACGAUCAAUCUUUAUCCGCCCAAUUUCCAUCAAAUGUACUGUCUUUGCAGUGUGUUUUAGUCGUGGCCUAGAAAAAUAUACUCUUGCUGUAUUUCAAGUUUACUUGACAUUUUGUCAAUAUUUUAUAUUUUAAAGUUUUGAAGUGUACAUAGCUUAACGAUUAAAUUUUGUGAGUGUGUUAGGUGCAAAUAGAUUGUUAUAAAUCUAAAUGUACCGUGAGGAUUAGAAAAUCAAAAGAUUUUCUGAGUGACCCUUCAUUACUGUUGUGAACUGCUUCUCUUCUUGCUGAACGAAUAUCAAAUUGGCUUUAAAAAUUGGCAUGGAACAGUGAAACUUCAGAAGAUCACAUCUAGCGAAUAUGAACAGAAAUGAUCAUUGAAAUGAAAUUGAACUCCUGACAGCUAAUUAAUUUCGAGAAACUUUCGUAUUGUUAGAGGGCCACCAAUCAGUUGAAUCAAGCCGAUUAGAUAUCAAGUCAGUCUCAGUAUUAUUGAGACUGAGAUAGAAAUGGGGUGAGAAGAAAUAUAGUGAUGUGACCAUGUGCUAAUUUAGAAUUAGAACCGUAACACAACACUUUAACUUAUUACUACACAUUGAUAUAAUUAUAAAA